AUGUCGACGGCAGAUUUCGCGUCGGCUGAACCCGACACAAAAACAGAGCCCAUCAAGACAGAAAUCCCGUCUUCGUCACCACUUUCUUCGCUUGAAUCUGAUGACUUUGAGCCGCCAUUCACGCCGGUGCGACCGCGGCGCAACGUCACAGCUCCCAAGCGCUUCGGAACACCAUCCAAUGACGACUCCAAAGCGAUCCCGCAACGGCCAAAGAGCAGCACUCCAGCGAAAAAGAAAGCGAAAACACCAAAGAAGGCUGAAUGGGAUGUUGAAGGUUUACUAAAGUGCGCAGGGUCGCCUCUAGCCUCGGCGAAUUUGAGAAGCAUUCUAUGUAACCCUAUGGCAUGGUCGGCCCUGGACCAAGAUGACAAGGCGGAAAUCCUGGCUCUCUUCCCCGACAAGGGCCACAUUCUUGACGCCGGAACGGAAGACGCGCGACCCAAUUUUGCGUCGUUGAUGAACGACGACAGUUUUCGCUAUGACUGCGCCGCGUAUACGGAGAACAUUGCUGAGGGCCGUCACGAUCCGGAGUGGCUUGCGGAGGCGUGGAGUGCGCAUGAGAGAAGGAAGGCGGGCGAUUUCGACAAGUAUCUGAUGGAUAAGCUGGAGGAGGACUGGGGUGUUGAGAUUCCCGAGGAAAUGAAGAUUCGGAGAGAUUUGCCUGAGGCUGAGAAGAAGACCAAUGGGAAUGCUAAUGAGAAGACAAAUGGGAGUGCUAAUGGUGAUGCACCGCGAAUGAAGAUUGUGUCUAGGAAGAGAGAGGCGCGCGAUAGUAUGGAGAUUGAUGAGCUUGCGCUCUAA